AUGUAUUAAAUAAAAGAAUUGCUUUCUAAACUUAUAAGUGAGAUUGCUUCUAAAGAAUACACUUAUGAUUCUAAUUCCAUUAUUAAAAUACUUUAAUUUUCCAACCCAAGUUAAUAGAUUAAGUUAAAUAAAAAUAGGCGGAUUAAAAAUAUUCAAAAUAUAUUAAAAUUAGAACAAGACCAAGUAUAAGAUAUUAAAUGAAUUAGGUUGUAUAAAAUACAUUUUUAAGUAUAAGAAUAAUAUUUAAAUAUGUAAUCUUGAAAACCAAAAAGAAAUACUGUAAGUUCAGUAACUUAUAAAUGCUCAAAAAUAUCGAAUGAU